CAAACACGUUUCGAGAUUAAAUUAGCCAGAUAGCACCAAAUCAGAAGGUGCUAAUCCCGUUUGUAUAAUCCCCAGACCAGUUCCUUCCAUUCCGUCCCUGGUCCCUGCCCACUGCCCAGCCCGGCUGUUCUUCGAGCUUCCCAACAAUCUCUGCGGAGUAGGUCACCAUCGCAAAUCGCAAGCAGACGCCGGCCGAGACUCCCUUUCUCCCUUCCUCAGCUGCUGCUGACCUGCUGCUCCAGUGCCCCCACACGGCCACACACCCACUCCUCGCUCGAGGUCAAAUGGCCCCCGCCGCAGCCGUCCUGAAGCGGGCCCACCUCGCUGGCGUCCACUCGUUGGCCCUCCGCCGCCGGCAGCCGGGGCCGCCGGACCGCGUCUCGGUGCCUUCUCUGGCGAUCCCGUCGCCGCGCGUUUCUUGGCAGCAGGGAUCUGGAGUGGUUGCUAAGAGGCGCUUCUGGGCGAGUGCGAGUGGUUCCUUGGCGAAAGAUAACACUGGGGAGGACGCGGCAUCGCCUUCUCAGCUACAGGGAGUGGAGGAGAGUAAAGUAGAUUUGUUGAAGAUUUUGAAGAGUGCUAACUCCAUUAUUCCCCAUAUAGUGCUGGGGAGCACAAUUCUCGCGGUGGUGUACCCUCCUUCUUUUACAUGGUUCACUACCAGGUAUUAUGCACCAGCGUUGGGGUUCUUGAUGUUUGCUGUUGGUGUAAACUCAAGUGUUAAGGAUUUUAUUGAAGCAAUAAAAAGGCCAGACGCUAUUGUUGCGGGCUAUAUCGGACAGUUUGUCAUCAAGCCUUUGUUGGGAUUCCUUUUUGGUACUCUUGCGGUCGCAGUUCUAAAUCUUCCAACCGGUCUAGGUGCUGGUAUCAUGUUGGUUUCAUGCGUGAGCGGAGCACAGCUUUCAAACUAUGCAACUUUCCUGACGGAUCCACAUAUGGCUCCUCUCAGCAUUGUUAUGACAUCAUUGUCAACAGCUACUGCAGUUUUUGUCACCCCAACAUUAUCUUACUUUCUUAUUGGGCAGAAAUUACCUGUAGAUGUCAAAGGGAUGAUGUCCAGCAUUGUUCAAAUAGUUGUUGCUCCAAUUGCUGCUGGAUUGCUUCUGAAUAGAUUCCUUCCAAGGCUCUGUGCAGCUAUCCAGCCAUUUCUCCCUCCGUUAUCAGUGUUUGUCACUGCUCUGUGUGUUGGCUCACCAUUGGCAAUAAAUAUCAAGGCUGUUUUGUCGCCAUUUGGAUUAGCCAUAGUGCUGCUCCUUUUUGCAUUCCACACCUCAUCUUUUGUAGCUGGUUAUCAUCUUGCUGGUACUUGGUUUCACAAGUCAGACGAUGUAAAGGCACUACAAAGGACAAUAUCUUUUGAGACAGGAAUGCAAAGUAGCCUCCUUGCUCUUGCUUUAGCAAACAAAUUCUUCCCAGAUCCACUAGUGGGUGUGCCUCCAGCCAUAUCGGUUGUGUUGAUGUCCUUAAUGGGAUUUGCUCUUGUCAUGGUGUGGUCCAAGAAAACAGAAGCCUAAUAACCCAGUUCAAAUCGAAGCAACUCUCUUUGUUUCUGACAUCGCCAUAACCCGUGUUGAAAUUUAGUCAGCCUAACUGAUCCCCAUGGAUAGCAAUUUAGGAAGGUUGAUCAUUGGUCAGGAUUGCUGCAAAAUGAUCAUCGUGGCAUACAAUCUGUCUCUCACUAUUUAUAUCUGGUCUUGGUUCUGUCGAACUAAGAUUUCUAGUGGCCUGAAAUUUCUUUUGAGGAAUCUAGUGGCCUGAAUUCUUGGAUGAUGUCGAAAAUCCCAUGUGAAAAAACCUCUCUAGGGCUUGACUGCACUCAUAUCCACCUCAAUCCACGUGUCUUGGAGUGGAUUGAACACACAUCAGAUUGAGGUGAAUACAUGUAUAAAGCCAAACAAAGGCUUAUGGAUUUGUUGAGAUGGGAUGCAUGAACGGGCCUCGUCUCCCUUAGAUUGUGAAGAAACCCCCGCUGAUUUUUUGGUGGUUGACUAGUUUUCCUGAAUCAAUCGAGUGCUGCUGUUUCUGCUCUUA